AAAUUAAUAUCUCUAUGAAUCUAUGCCCUUGUUGAUUCAAUAACGUUGCCCGGGUAAUUUGAAAACAAAUAAUUUGAGUUUUUUUCCUAGCUUUCUUUAUUUUUAUUGCGGAGAACGAGCAGUAAAACAUACAUCGAGUUUUAAAAUGGUAUUAAUCUAGAUACACAAUGGAGACACCUGACGCCAAAGGAUUCAUCAAUAUUACUUGGCCCAGCAAGAGCGUGCCCCAUGGGGGAAUAUUUCAUUCUAGAUUGGUGGAACGCUCUUCAGCCCAACAGGAAUUUCUUAAAGUCUUACAAGAAGAAUCCAAGUUAACCAUCGCUCAGCGUCGCAAAGCAGCGUGGCAACUGCGCGAGGAAUCCAGCAGAGAAACUGUAGUGAAACAAAGUACCAAAGCACCGCAAGUGCCUAUAGUUCGUCCCCACACUUCUCGGCGCCGCUCGCUGUCUGCUAUACGGGAGUCUGAAGCACUUGACGUCAAUCACUAUCGUCCGCCAAAACUUGGCGAAGACAGGGAGAAGUUGAAAGAGCGACUGGCCAACAGCAUGACUUACGGAGACACUGGACAAAACCCACCGAAUGUCCCAAAACCCUUAACAAAGCCUGGACCAAAAUUACCGACCAAGAAAGAACAGUGGAACGAAUUGGUCACACAAAUUCGGGAGCGUGCGGAGUGGCUGGCAGAGAUGGAAGAGCUGGGCCACGCGGGCCCGCAUCGAGAGCUCAUAAAGGACCAGAUUGCGGAGCGACUGAGGGGUUUGGACGCUUUGGGUGUGGACAGCCAAUGCUCGUCCGCUAGGUCUAUUGCUUCUGGGUUCAGCGGACGGAGUGACCACUCUGAUAAGAGUGUCAAGUCCACACAUUCAAAGGAAAGUCAAGGUUCCCGAAAAGACCGAAAGUCGAAUAAAAAGAGAAGCGCAACAAAACACAGAAAAGAGGAAGAGAAUGUGGCGGCAUAUGAGAAACUAUCGCCGUUGCAAUAUUCACCGAGACGUCGAGUUUGAACUACUUAGGUACCUAGCAUAAUAAAAUUUGGAAAUAAAUAAUUUAAUAAAUUGGUUUUUUAGUA